AUGGUUUAUUAUGAGCAGAGAAAGCCACGACUGGUGCUCAGGAAUGCUCCGGCUAGAGGGACGGACCCUCCAAGAUUGAUGUUGAGGCAACAGAGACAGGAGCCACCAUACUCAAAUGACAACAAUACAACGAACCUACCAUUACAUAUGGCCUUCCUUCAACAAGCGUAUCAUGGCCCUUUCCAGAAUGUGGUCCCGGGCAGUUUACCAUAUGCGGCUUUUCAGUCCCAGCUGCCAAUGACAUAUAACGUUCCGACGAACAUGAAUAUGGCUCCUGGUCAUUUGGCAUUGCAGACAGUCAAUCCAAGGAAUCAUCAUCAUAACAUGACUGUCUACAAUGAUCGAGGACAUACAGUUGGCGAGAACAUAUAUGCUGGACGUACUCCUGUUCUCGAGGAGCGACGAGAUGAGAAUUUUGGACGAGUGUCCCCCCGAGUUGCUUUGCGUACUAUGAUGCAGCAGGCUUUAAGACCAAAUACACAACCUGAAAAGUUCGGACACCAGGCACACUGCACUCAGAAUUCGCACGACUCCCGAAAUGCUUUUGGCUUAAAUUCACGCGGCGUCAGUGUGGGAUCCGAUGUUUCGAUUUGCCCUCCAAUUGACAGAGGUCUUGAGGCCAAUAUUCGUGAGCAGCUUGCUCGCUCUGGUCUUCUCCGGGAUUGUCCGGAGCCGGAAUACGUCAACAGACCAAUGAUAGUUGAUCCUUCUAUUGUUUCAUGUGGACGAGCCGUAAAGCAAUAUGACCCAAUUCAUCAUCGCAGACCCCAGUAUCUCUUCAGUCAGGCACAACUAUCUGAAGAAGUUAGAUCUGCAACUCACAGAGAGCUUUCACGAGCACCUCUUAAAGUUCGGAGAACUACGGGAAUUCCAACCUACAAAGUCAAUGUCCCACCAACAAAUGUCCAACAAGUUCAGACAUAUAGAGGUGUUGAUUCAGUGGUCAAAGACCCCAAGAGAAGAGAUAGCCCUCAGCCGUACAAGGUCGAAGCAGGACCGAAAUUUUUGACGAAAGAUGAUUAUACUCCCACCAAGAGAAUCAUUGGCUACUUUAUAGAUCCUCCAGUCGGAAGUCCUAAAUCUGCUAAGAAAAUCCCAGUCCAGCCACUGAGCAAUCAGGAAGAGGCAACUCCUAAACCCUUCAGGCAAUCUGCUAAGAAUCGACUGGGUGGUGCUUCGGAACCAGAAAUGACACAAGCCCCCAUCAGAGAAGGCAAAAACAAAGUCAACAUGAGUGAAGACACACCCAAGGCAUCAGUUCCUUCGAUGGAAACAACUGAUCACGAAUCCUCAAUCGAGCAGGUCAAGACUAUCGACAUGCAUGCGACUAACCCCAAAAAUCAUGCCCAGAUUACAGUGGAACGGGUGUCAGACGAGGAAUCGAAUGGGAGUCCAGACGGCAAGAAGACAGCAGAUUUGCUUGAGGAUUGUAUUAGGUCCCUUGUUACGUGGGAUAAGGGAGAUCGGAAAGUUCUUCACAAGCUUUUGAAGGUUCUGAAAAGUCUCGAUGAUGAUGACGAUAAUGCCAAGCCUAUCAAGGACCCGAAAAUUACUCAUGAUACCAAACACAAUCCAAGAAAAGAGAGAGGAUCCAGCAGCAGUUUAAAUCCUAAUGCGGCUUGUUUCAAAGGUUUUGCGUCUGCGAGAGCUCAUACUACAGAAACUCGUAAAGGGUACCAUGAGCGGCGAGGUCUUUCAUUACAGGAAGAGAUUAUCCCAACCUCCAAUGAAAAGCUUCCAAUGUUUUACCCAAAGCCACUCGUGUCAACAGGACCAGUUUGGAUCAAAGCUCAGCAAAACAAGUUCGUAAGACCGCCACCAGGACUUCAUAUUCCAUUCAAAGCACACGUUGGUCGUAAGGUACCAGUCAAACCGAUCCUACCCCAAACUCCCCGCGAAGAUGAAGAAGGAAGAAUAGCCAAAGCAAUGGAUCAUCGUCUAGCAGAACCACUUCUUGCUCGGUUCUACGAAAAGUACCCAUUGACUGGAACGAUAUGCGAAAAUCCACCUUCAUCACCCCCGGCUCCUGUGAAGAAUGCAGCCGAGAUUCAAGAGGAGCUUGAGCGUCUUCUGUUGCAAGAAAAGGAGAAGAAAGCAUUUGCAAACCCCAUCGCUGUUAAACCUCGUGCACCCAAGGAUUCUUGUCGAGUCGAAGCUUCGAAGCUUGUUAAGUGA